AUGAUCUCUCAGAAGGUUGCGCAGCAAUCGCUGCGGCGAUUGGCUGCCCCCUCGGCAUUGACCUCGUCAAUGGCCAAGUUCGCUACUCCAGCUGCCAUUGCGACUGGCAGAUAUAUGCAGAUGAGACCAACCUCAACGACACCCACAACAACAGAUCCCACCAAAAUCCUCGCCCAGCAACGUCUCAAGCGCCCCGUCUCUCCUCACUUGAGUAUCUACCGUCCCCAGAUCACCUGGUACGCCAGUGGUCUCCACCGAAUCACGGGCUCCGUCGCCUCCGGUGCUCUAUACACCUUCGCCGCCGCCUAUCUCGUCGCGCCCGUGUUUGGCUGGCACCUCGAAUCCGCCUCUAUUGCAGCUGCUUUCGGUUCUUUGCCGUUCGCUGCCAAGUUUCUCGUCAAGUUGGGUCUUGCAAUGCCAUUUACUUAUCACUCUAUCAAUGGAGUUAGGCAUUUGCUUUGGGAUACUGGUCGCUUUUUGACGAAUAAGCAGGUUAUUCAGACCGGUUGGGCGAUGAUUGGGUUGAGUACGAUUAGUGCGCUUGCGCUUGCGCUUUUGUAA